UCCGCUAGUGUGUUGGUGCCUUAACACUUCACUUCUAUGUUAGUCUGUGUUUUUUUUUAAGCACUGGCAACCCUAGACUUGACAGUUGGUUUUGGUUGACUCAAAAAUUGUAAACAUCGCAGGCGGGGUCGUUGCACUUUUGUAAAUGUAGGUAACGUUAAUUUCAAACAAAUAUGACCGACGAAAGCCCUAAAAGCAAUUUUAAAUCCACCCCUCCAACUAAUCGGAAAGUGAGAAAUCCUUUCGACAAAGUGUUAAUAGGAAAACUGCAUCAACCAAUAUGCAGUCCUGGAAUGUGCAAAAUAUACAAGAAGCAGAGCAACGGGUUAUUCCGCUGGGACAUAGACCAGGCGUGUACCCUGGUGCCCGCGGACAUAGUGCCCUGCAACAGCCAGUUCGAGCCGUCGCCCGACCCCGCCCUGGAGAGGAUCGCUGAGGAGGCGACUGAGAGAUUUUUCUCCCAAGAGUCGGUCAUGCCUAGUCCAAUUGUGUCUUCCAAAAAAGUUAAGCCACUACAGAUCUCAUAUGAAGCUAGCACCAGCGUGCAUAUUACAAGCAUUGUGAAGGAACCUGUUGAAACUAGGGAUGUUUCAGCACAAACCAUACUCACUAUGCCUCCCGAGCUGCCGCCAGAGUUGGCUAAAGUCCUACAGAAAUACUGCACUUUUACACAGGAGCAGAACAUCUCAGGGGACUACGAGAUCACGGCCAACGGCUCGCUCCGUCGCAAGCUGCAGUUCGAGUGGCACAGCGACGCGGAGCACUGCGACUCCGAGCUGACGGACGAGGAGGCGCCGAAGCCCAGCUACGAGCCGCACGCACCCGUCGUAUUCAGCCCUGACUUGAGCCGAGACGUGGUAUCAAAAGGCAUGAAGCGUACAUUCGGCACACCGCUCAGCAAGCCAGCCAAUGGCAAGCCUCGGAACAAGAUACUGGACGUGGUCGACUUCGGAGAGCCGUGCUUCAGUCCGAUACAGUUCCAGACUCCUAGACGAGGUCUAGACUCUGGGGCGUCGCCGUCGCUGGCCUCCGCUUCUAUAUCGCCCGUUACGAAAGUUGGUUCUAGCGAUGAGGAGAAAAACAACUUCACAUCGCCAGAAUCCGAAGCGAUGGCGACGUGCCUCGACUGCAUAAUAUCUGACCCUGAAAGUGGUUCUGACAAAAAAGGACCAUGUUUCUGCAAGAGCACCCCAGAAAAGUUCCUUCUAAAGAGGAGUAAGAGUUUGAAGGACUCUCCUGUGAGAAGCAGAAAAGGAUCGUUUUCCGAGAAGCGAAGUCUUAGUAUGUCCAGUUUGCAUCGCAGUCGCUCCGUUCAGAAACUAGAUUUCAGUAUGGACAUGAGUCUUGAUGCCUCUAUGCAUAGCCGCUCGCAAGAUGACUGUGACAUCAGCCCGCUUCAAGCUGAAGAGCAGACGUGGUCUAUCAUUGAGGAGUCCAGCAUACAUCACAUGAUCAAAAUCAAUGCGCUAUCCAAGUCGCAGAAUCUUCCGCCGCCGCCCAUAAAACAGACCAUCACAUCUACCCUCAUCGACGAUACUCCAGUAAAAGGGAAGUGCAGGACCUCCAUCCUCACUCACGAGAUCACCAAAAUGCGACCCUCGAGGCCCGUGAGUCCCCUACACAUGUCUCUAGAUUGUAGCGUAGACGAAAACCCACUCGACUUAGAAGAUAAGAAAGUAGACUUCACCACCGUUGAUCUCAAAUUCUUGACUGACAACGUUUCGCAGUUCGAUUCCACUAGCAACGUAACGAAAGCCGUAAGCGACAGUUCCACUAGUUUUAAGCGAGUCGAUAGUGGCUUCAAUGAGAAUACGUUUUACGCGAAUGCGUCGAGCUAUUACGAGAGUGCCAUAAAGCCGUCUGAGCUGACGAUUACUAGUGGGUCCAAGGGCUCGGGCAGCACGGCUCUGAAGGAAAUAUCUAACGUGAACUGGAUGCGAGUCGAUAGCGGCUUCAAAGACGAGAACUCCGCGGACAAUGUUCAGUUUUACGUGACCGAAAACUCAAUCAAAGGUACGACGAGUUUUGCGUACACUGAAGCUAAAAUCGAGGAGAAGGAAAACGACUUUGAUAAAUAUUUCUUGCAGUCUUCCGCUAAGAACGACGCCAUGUCGAUGUCGGAUAUAUUUCCCGACGAAAUGACUUGUAAUUUCACGUCGACGCCAUCGAAAAAUAAGACUCGUAAGUUUUAGUUAGAAGCAGCAACGACUGAAAUAGCUAGCGUAAUAUUUAGAAACAAUUUGCCAUGUCUUUGUAUGUUUUUUAAUAAAUUAUGUGAGUAAUUAGAUAAUUUUUUGACGCCAUUCCAUUAUUGUGGAUGAUUUUCAAUACUCUUACAAUGAUUUGUUAAAGAUAUUUUGUAACGACGAUUAUGAUUAAGUAGAAAUAAUUUUGCAUGAAAUAUUACUUUAUGAUUUAUCUAGAAAGUGUGGUUUUACUUGGUUCAAGUAAAAAAAAUAUAAUAAACCUUUUCAAGACUGAAAUUGAAUUCAUUUUUAUAUAUUCUACGGGUAUAUUGUACCUAACGCUCCCGAUUCUGAAAACUCAUUAACUUUUUAAAUGUUGUUAUUUUCACUAGUUCUAAGAAAUAUUGAUGAAGUUUAUCUAAUGUAGACUAGACAUGACUGCGUUUGUCUAUCAAAUAUGAUAUAUGGUUGUUUACAUUUAUAAAUACGAUCUAUAAAUAUCUUCGGUGAUAUAAGGGCUUCCAACAAUUAUGCGUAUCAGAUCCAUUAACCCAAUUAGUAUCUGAAUAAAAUACAGUAAUUUUAUGCUUAAUAUUAUUUAAUAAGUCAAUACACAGUCAGCACGCAUUUUAUGGCGUACAAUGAUACCUCAACAUAAAUAGUAUGUAUAACAUGUAUAGAUGUAUAUUUAAAUUAUUAAUUAUCCAGUGUAAAUGGUUCUUCUUUAUUUAGGUACUUAAUCUAGCGGAGGGGAGAAGUCUAAAAAUAGUAGGAGAUCUAGUAACAAUGAUACCGCCUGGCUUCUGCACUAUUAAUACCUAUUAUUAAUCGGCCAGUGGCCUACCUAAGCUUAUAGCAGCUUGAAGCCUGCCUGUGUGUGAACUAUAAACACGACAUUUCCGCAUUAGAUAUUGUUUUGAAAUCCGUCUAAUAUUUGAUUUCCCUGA